CCUAAUUGAAAGGUUGGAACUUUGAUAUUUCAAAACAAGGGAUGUUGAGAAGAAACUCAAUAACAUACUCAAUUACUCCCUUUACCAAUAACUCAGAUCGAAGAAAACAAAAGCUAAGAUGAGUUCUUCGAUUGAAGAUACGGAAACAGAAAUGACCUUGACAGUUCUUGGUUGUGGUAUGUUUGUGUGUUUGUGUGUUCGUGUGUUUGUUUCUUUGGACUCGUUCUCUUGCCUUGACAGGAUUUCAUGUUAUUAAACUUAAUGUCGAUUAGUGAUAUGCAGGAGUCAAUUUGCUUCUUGAGUAUGGCAAGAGCCAUUGGUUGGUUGAUGAGGCCUGCUCUUGAAGCUUUUGGGAAAAGAUAUGGAUAUUUACUUUCGCUCACAUGUAGACCUCAUCACCUCUCCUACAGAUCGUUUUAUAUUCCUUAAAAGCAUGGGAUCUGCUGAAUUAUCUUCAUGUGUAAUAGUAUCAUGUCAGAGCCCAAAAUGAUCCCCAUGCACAUUUGCUCAAUACAUAAAUCAUGUACUACAAAUCAGAUGCUUUGCUACCUUUGCUUAGAACUUACACAAACAUAGGAAUUUAUGAAACAUGGCAAAGCUAACAUUCAAACCUAGGAACAAUGGGCAUAGCAAUUCUCUCGGGGAUCCUCAGCUCCCUCGGUACCCCAGAAACACUAAAGCCCAUCCCUAAAACCACAUCCAAAACCACAACUCCUGUCUACCCAACCUCACCACACGCCCGUCUCCCAUCCAAAUUCAUCGCCUGCGUCCGCCGUCCCGAAUCCGCCAAAAAAGUGCACCAAGCACUCUCGCCUUUUCUAACCUCCUCACCAACCUCCCUCACAAUCCUCCAAAACAACAAUGUCUCCGCCGUUCAGCAAGCUGACAUAGUCCUCUUAUCUUGCAAACCCUACAUGGUAAAAGAAAUCCUGUCGGAACCUGGAAUGGGGCAAGCUCUAACAGGUAAACUCCUAAUCAGCAUCUGUGCCGGUAUAACAAUCGAACAACUCUACUCUGAGCUCUUCACCGAACAAACAAAAGGUCUAACAGACAUUGCGUCAGCCUCUAAUCCCUGCACAAUCGUCCGAGCUAUGCCUAACACAGCAUCUCAAAUCAGAGAAUCAAUGACCGUAAUCGGUACUUCUACACCACCUCUCCCAGAACCCACAACCGCACUCAUAACCUGGAUCUUCACACGCAUAGGUGAAGUAGUAUUUCUCCCCCCAUCAACCAUGGAUGCCUGCACCGCUCUCUGCGGAUCCGGUCCCGCUUUUUUCGCCCUAAUGCUCGAAGCAACCAUAGACGGCGCCGUAGCCAUGGGACUCCCGCGCACAGAAGCCCAAAAAAUGGCAGCGCAAACUAUGCGUGGAGCCGCUGGUCUCGUUCUCUCGGGUGAACACCCCGCGCUACUAAGAGAUAAAGUUAGUACGCCGGGUGGGUGUACGAUAGGGGACUUUGGUUCUGGAAGAAGGGAGGGUGAGGGGCACGGUGGCGAGGGCGGUGAGGGAAGCGACGGUUGUGGCGGGGCAAUUGGGGAGGGUGGGGUGGGGGUUAAUGGGACGAGGUUUUAAGGUUCGGUUGGAGGAGGUGUGGGGAGGGGUAUGGG